AAUACUUGACUGGAGGGAUGUGUUUUUUUUUUUGCCUUUCUUGCCCAAAUUCACGCCAUGAACGCUCCGUCGUCCUGACGGCACCGCCGCUCACACUCCUUCUUCCACCGGUAGAGGAUAGAAACUCCUUGUUUUUCACCCAGGAGAGGACAGAGAAAGAAGGACCGGUGACAUGUUUACGUCUUCGCCGAGGACAACAGUGUCGUAGUUCCCGCGUGUGAGGAUGCUCUCGGCGGUUCGAGUGUAGCCACUAGUGACUCUAUAUCACCACUCAACGUAUUUCAUUUUUAUUUUUUAUUAACUUACAUUUGUUUUGUAAUUGUUGCACUUUUGGAUUUGGAGCGACGUCCCCAAGGAAAGCAAAGACGAGGUCCAUCGGCGAAAACCUUCAUUUAGUAAAGAGAUGACCCUCGUCUUGUCCAUGAAUCCUUUCCUGGAGCCAGAGAGAGAACCUCAUCUUUCAACAUUCCAACCGGGAUGGAAAACCCAGCGCUGCAGUAAGACCUGCUUGUCAAGGAGCACCUCGCCCAGUCACACCCAGGAGAAAUCAAAACAAGAACCUUCCUUUGGGCGACUUCCUGACCAGGUGUCAAUGUCAACAAUCUCCUUCUUCAAGAGGAAGUUUGUCGACGACGAUGAGGCUUCGUUCAGUUUCAGGACAUACUGCCAAACUGUGGCACCAGUUCUGGAGGAGCGGGCACACGUGCUGCGUCUCUCCCUGGAGAAGAUGCGUUUCAUCGACGACCCCGAGGCGUUUCUGCGACGCUCGGUCCUGGUCAACAACCUCCUCCGCCGGCUGAGAACGGAGAUCCUCCUCCAGAGCACCGACUGGUGCUUCCCCGCCAACCCGCUUCUGACCACCAUCUUGCCACCUGGCUCCAGUCCCACACACCAGGCGCUCAGCAGGACCGGACCCACCCCGAUCUGCUUGCCGCCCCAAGCCGGACCGCCCUUUCGUAAGCGGCUGCGCACGGUGCGGGCGGGACCGGGGGAUGACUGCGCGCAGACAUGUUGUUGCCUCUACACCGCGGGUCACUACCUUCCCCUCCCGCUGUCCGUGUACCAGGCGGAACUGGCCUCGCCGCACUCGUCCUCCGUCUUGCAAACACCCGGUCAGCGCAAGUUCGGACUGAGCGCCGUAGAAGGCCAUGAUGGCGAGGGAGAGGAGAUGGACCACCAGGAAGUUAGCGAAAGAAGACAAUCUGGUCCGGUCCAAGGUAAGUCCAAACAGAAAAGUCGGACUCGGAGCCUGCUGGGCCGCACCAGGACACAGGCGGACUGUGCCAGGACCCAGGCGGACUGUGCCAGGACCCAGGCGGACUGUGCCAGGACACAGGCGGACCACUGCUUGUCAGGUAGCACGGGAGAGGAGGAGGAAGGUGAACUCCAGGAAGACGAAGAGGUGGCACAUUGUGAAUGGAACCCAGAAGAUCUUCUCAGGGUCCACUACUGGUACCAGCGGGGCCACAGACAGUAAGAUCUUGCUCACAUUCGACCUUGGUUUUUGUCCUUUGGUACUUUACUGCCCCCUGCUCGCCCUGUAGCACUUCUUGUCUUGACUUGACUACCGUACUUUCCCCACUAUAGAGCGCCAGUAAAUAAGCCACACCCACUAGACUCCAGGGAAAAAAUAUAUUGUUCCAUAUAUAAGCCGCACUGGACAAUAAGUCGCAGAUACGUUGCAAAGUGAGUUAUUUACACAGAAAUAUUCUGUAAAUGUUUAUUUACAUACCUUAAUUGUGUUAAGGCAGUAAAACGGCUGAUCAAACAAAACAGAAGUCAUGGUCAUGGACCCACGAUCAGCUAAACAGACUCAAUAACUCCACGGUGACGUUUUGGUGAAUUGACUGAGGAAUUUGUGAAACUGAAACAAUACAAAAAUGCCCAAUGUCGUUGUAAGUUAAUAAUAUCGACACAGACACUUGUAAACACAUCAUAACAUUACGAUAGCACGUACAAAUAUGCAUGAAAACACUCCGACAGACAUCACACACGGGACUGUUUAGUAGGUAUGAACAGUUUUAGUUAUAUUGUAAAACUUACAAAGGUUGCUCGGACUGAUGAAUGAAGAAUCCAUACGAGUAUGGACGGCUAGAAAACUGAACGGCACUUUUACUUCCAGUCGAAAGCACUAAAUUGAAGGACACUGUAGAACCUGCAGUGAGCAAACUUGUCCAAAUAAUGGCGCCAUAGCACAAACUAUAUAACACCGUCUUGGUGAAUUUACUAAGGAAUUUGUGAAAGUCAAACAAUGCAAAAAUAAUGUAAGUUAAUAAUGCUAACACAGGCGCUCGUAAACAUGUUAGCAUAUUAGCGUCAUAACAUUACGAUAGCGCGUACAAAUUUGCAUGAAAACACUCCUUACAGACAUCACACAUGGGACAGUUUAGUAAGUACGAAUUGUUUUAGUUACAUUGUAAAACUUACAAAAAUUGCUUGGAGUGAUAAAUGAAGAAUCCAUACGAGUAGAGACGCUGUGGACAGCUAGAAAACUGAAUGGCACUUUUACUUCCAGUCGAAAGCACUAAAUUGAAGGACACCGUAGAACCCGCAGUGAGCAAACUUGUCCAAAUAAUGGCGCCAUAGCACAAACAAUGUAACACCGUCUUGGUGAAUUUACUAAGGAAUUUGUGAAAGUCAAACAAUACAAAAAUAAUGUAAGUUAAUAAUGUUAACACAGGCGCUCGUAAACAUGUUAGCAUAUUAGCGUCAUAACAUUACGAUAGCGCGUACAAAUUUGCAUGAAAACACUCCUUACAGACAUCACACAUGGGACACUUUAGUAAGUACGAAUUGUUUUAGUUACAUUGUAAAACUUACAACGGUUGCUCGGACUGAUGAAUGAAGAAUCCAUACGAGUAGGGCGCUAUGGACGGCUAGAAAACUGAACAGUUGAAAGCACUAAACGGAAGGACGCUGUCCGGUUCAAACAUCGAUUAAACAUUUAUUAAACAAGACAAGAAGCAAGGAAAUAAACAGAGACAGAAUUCAAUUUGGCUCAAUUUGAGGAGAAACGUGUCGACCUGUAACCUCUUACGAAAAAAGGUUUACAUCUCCUCUCUUAUUUGGAUAUUCCCUGUUUACACAACAACAGCUGUUUCUAAAGGAAUGUCGGGUAUGUAAACAGCCAUUGUUUUCGGUCACAUUAACACAAACGAAAAAGAUGCCUCGGGCUUGAGCUGGUCCUGGAUCGAGCUUGGGCAAGUCCUGGAUCACAAUAGAUAACCCCUCUCCCGUCUCAUCCCAUCGUACACAAUGGAUUUUUCCAAGCCUUUGGCUUGGUGCAACAAAGACAGCCUCUUGUCUAUUCAUUGGGAACUCAGAGAACGGAAAGUUUUUUGAUAAUUUACAUACAAUUUUUCUGACAGACACUGUAGAACCCGCAGUGAGCAAACUUGUCCAAAAGAUGGCGCCAUAGCAAAAACAACAAAACACCUCAGUGUAUUUGCUUGUUUGUUUAUUAUCAUUGCCAUUACCGAAGACAAAUCCAUAAUUCAGCCGCGCCAUCAUAUAAGCCGCAGGGUUCAAAGUGUUGGGGGGGGGGAAAGUAGCGGCUUAUAGUCCGGAAUUUACGGUAAUCAUGAUUUUUGUCAUUAAUGACUUGCAAUCAAGUGCUGUGAGUCUUUGUAUUUCAUUUCUAUGAUGUCAUUAUCAUGAAGAACUUGCGAGUACUUUGUAGUCAUUCUAUGUGCUUGGUACCGGUCCUGUCACACUUUGUGUGUGAAGUGUAAUGUAAAAAGUUGUCAUUCUCCAUCUAUAACAACAACUCUAAACAUGUAAGAAAAAAAGAGCAAAAAAUUGUAAUGUAAUGAGAAAAAGAUGAAUAAUUAAUAAUAAAGUUGGUCACCAAUAACAGAAAGUUUGGACUAUAAGUAUGGAUAAUGUCAUGUUUUUAGUUUUUGUCUUAAGAUGAAUAAAAAUAUCAAAAUGGUCCCCCUUGGUGGAAAAAGUUGAUAUCUAAACUAUUAGAAGCUCUCCAAAUAAAAAUGAAAAUAUACUUAUAAUAUAAAGAAAGUUAGUUAUUGAAAUAAAUAUGACUGAACUAGGAAAAAAAAACAUAAUGCAGAGUGUGUACGUCAACAUUCAUAUCAAAGAAAAAGGAUGAAAUGUUCUUAUUAAUAAUGAAUGUUAGUUACCGAGGAUACCAAGCUGACACAAUAUCAGUUGUAGCAUUUUGCCAAUCCAAUGAUAUCAACAUGACUUGUCAGUAUGUGGAUCUUAGUGGGAAAGGUUUGGACGCCCCUGGACUGAAGUAUCAAAAGUUUCCAUAUUUUGAUUUGAGAAUCGAUGUUGGGGCGUAAAGAUCUGGUAUCGGCGGUAUCGGUAUUUCAGUAUCGAUCCGCACAUGACCAACCCAAAAGCUCCAUUUGAAUCUGAUAAAUGUUUUUAACUGUGGUUCAAACUUUACAUUUUUUAAAUACAUAUAUAACAUAUAUGUAUAUAUAUAUAUAUAUUAAGGCUGCAACUACUAAUCGAUUAAAAUCGAUUAUAAAAAUAGUUGGCGAUUAAUUUAGUCAUCGAUUCGUUGGAUCUAUGCUAUGCGCAUGUGCAGAGGCAUUUUUUCAUUUAUUUAAAAA